CCUCAGUUAGAGUCCGCCUUUUGUGGUGAUCACUGCUCGAACACCCGAACAUGACGCGAUCUUCGCCAGCUUGGUGUGCUGGCCAGGCCUGGCUCGUCUGGCUUUUGGCAUCCAUCUGGAUACGCACGUGUCUCGCGCAAUUUGCAGUCUCCUCGUCCUCCGCCGGCGGAGCUGUUGCCUCCGCCGGUGGCGUCACUGUGGUGGCCCAGCUGCCCGGUUUCGGAGUUAUCAAUGGACUGAUCAAUGCCAUGCACAACAACAACCGCUUCAACCAGCAGCCGCAGUUCGAGAGACUGCAGCAAGGAAGGCCGGGGAUGGGUCCGAAUCGAGGAGGAAUGCACAGACCAGGAUUUGCACCACCCAACCGUCAGCAACCGACGCCUCCUGGCUGGCCACCCGGCUGGCAGUGGGGAGCCGGUGGAAAUCAGAAUCAACCCGGAUUUGACUGGGUUCAAACAGGAUUUGCACCAGGCUGGAAUGGAGGUGGAGGGCAAGGACCAGGAUGGAAUGGUCCAGGAUGGAACGGAGGCGGUGGAAGAGGACCUCCACCAAGACCAGGUUUUAACGGCGGCGGACCACCGCCGCCAAGACCAGGAUGGAACGGCGGCGGGCCACCACCACCGAUGCCAGGCUGGAAUGGAGGAGGGCCACCGCCACCAAGGCCAGGAUGGAAUGGCGGAGGACCUCCGCCACCAAGGCCAGGCUGGAAUGGAGGGAUGGAACAGGAAUGGGAUAACUAUCCACGCCUCCCCGAUCAGCCGGAUCCCAAUGAUCCAAACACGAAUUGGAAUCCAGAUAAUGAGUCUAGCACCACUCCACAAACGCCAAUACCAGGACCCAUCUUUCCAACGACAACACCUAAGCCAGAGCCCACCUUUCCCACGAUCCAGCCACGUCCAACCGCUCAGCCAACGAAGGAUACGCUCAUAAUAGGAACCAAUCGACCGCCGUUGGUGCCGCCCCAUAAUCCGGAUCCACCCACGCCCACUUUUCCCACUUGGAUCGUGCCGGAGCCAUUGCCAAAACCAUUGGACGAACUCUCCGAAAAUCGUGCUAUUAUAUUCCCCAGCUCUAGCAAAUAUAUCCAUGUGCCAAACCCGGAGGUUCCCUCAAUUCCCAUUGAUGUGAGACGAAGAUGAAUCUUCUAAGAGGGAGUUCCCCGAUUCACACUUGUUGUAUAUAUAUUCGUAGACCAUUGUUCAAUUGCUCCACCCGAGAUCGUCUUUGUCAUAAGUUCAAAACAGGUUCUAAAAGCUCGUUGGAAAUAAACGAAAUUUUAAUAAAUU